CGACCGAGGGGUUCGACAAGACGGACGAAGACAGCAACGCGGUCACCGGCCGCGUUCCCGAAGAAGAGAAGCUCCACGAAACGGCGACGCGCAAGAUUCGCGGGGCAGCAACGGCAACGACAGACGCGACCACGGGGACAACCUCUACGAACUCCGUCACAACCGAUGGACGGCAAGAAUCCUCGAGCGUUGGGCUGCCGGAAGCCGGGCUUCGCCCUAGCGGCGGCGGCGGUCCCCAGCAGCUUCCCGCCCGUUCGCUGGUGUGCGUGCUGGGAGGCCGGUCCGAGGAGUACGGCUCGAUGGCAGUGGACGGCCUCUGCGACGUGGUACUGGCGCCUUUCUACACGCUGCCUGGCGGCGACACCUUCCUCAACGACGGCCACGUGGUCACGCAAGCGGUGCUCGAGAUGGCCGCCAAGUCCAUCAAGACGACUUACGGCAUACACGUCCCUCUUAAAAAACUGCUUCAGGUGAGAAACGACCUCAUGAGACAGAAAGCCCAGGACAGGAUGAAAGCCUACUGGAUCGAGCACAACGUCUACCACUACGCAGUUCUAGACCUGGAAAUCGGGGCCAACGGCACUGACGCUUCGAAUAUAGUCGGCCGAGUUUUUACCGUCCUUAAGCUAUUCGCGAAGGUCCAGGAGGCGAUUCGCAAGGAGGUGUCGUCCGAACGCAAAUCGGAAGCGCAGCCCGAUGCCUACGUUAUCCUGGGCGUCCACCUAUGGAUGGCCACCAACGACAAACUUUUCAAGGCGCUUCGGAAGCACGUCCGGUCCUUCACAAUCAGCGCCCUCAUAGCAAGGACUCACACCACCGAGCACGACCACGACGGCUGCAAGACCAAUGGUCCUGCGCCGUACGAGAUUGAAAACAACGAUCAUAUUAUGGGAAUGGCCAACGCGGUGGCCUACGUGAGGACGUUCCCCUGGGUGCAGCGAACGUCCCUGGCCGUCUCGUUCACGCUGUGCGCUCGCUGGUACCGGCCCAAGAAGCAGUUCCUCGUCGGCGUCGAUUGCAUCAAGGACGCCAUGUCGGUGUCGUCUUCCGGAGCCGUGUGCAGUGAAAAGCCUGACUUCUUUGCCAACCAGGCCGUCGACAAGACCCAGCACACGGCGUUUUCGUGGCAGAUUCCCGAUCUCAUGGCCACGUACGACACCGCUGACACGAUGCAGUGGAAGUUGAUUGUGGAUGAAAAGGCCAAUACCUCGCCUCAUUUUGGCAAGAGCCGCUUUGAGAUCAUGGAGCUGGAAAUGUUGAUCCAGUUCUGGAUUAUCCCUGCCUGCAUAGGAAUAUUCCGGUCCCCGCGGGUCUUGUUGUUGACUGAGAUACUUAUCUCUAAGUGUCUCUGCUAG